AAGUCUCCCACCUGGCGAACCAAGUCCACCGCGGCAAAACUACCAACAUGAUCAAGAUCGUGCUGUGCUGCUGUCUGGCGGCGCUGGCCUGCGGCGCCCCUGCCGGUCCUGACGGCUCCACCACCACCCCGGUGCCCAUCAUCUCCCAGUCCAACGUCGUCAACGGCGACGGCUCGUUCCAGAACAGCUACGAGAGCGGUGACGGCACCAAGGUGGAGGCCUCCGGCGAGCUGAAGACCGUCGGCCCCGACGGCGAGGUUGGCGAGGCCGUCAAGGGCUCCUACUCCUUCUCCAUCGACGGCGUGCUCUACAGCCUCACCUACACCGCCGACGAGAACGGCUUCCAGCCGCAGGCCGACUUCAUCCCCACCACUCCCCCAAUCCCGGAGAAGAUCCUCGAGGCGCUGGCCUACAACGCCGCGCACCCCGAGGAGGACACCCCUGCGCCCAAGAGCAAGUGAGCUCACCACCCUCCCCCCUGCGUGCCGUCAGUCCUCGCCGACCCAACUCACCCGGACGUCUCCUGCGCCUCUCCGAGUCCUGGCGAACGAAACGAAAAUUCAUCAUUCUCAAUGUAAAAAAAAUGAAAGUCAGUGUAUGUUACACAUUUUAUUCAUUAUCUUUUUUUUACAGUAUACAAUAAAAAAAUCAGUUAUUUUUUACAUGCUGUAACCUUAUUUACCGUACAAAACGUCUGUCCGAUUUACGUUCACUAUGCAAUCUACAGUGUGUCCAUAAAAUAAUGUUCAAGUUUCAAUGCUAUAUUAUAAGACUAUUUACAACAAAAAAAAAAUACAUCAAAUUGAAGGGGUAAACUGACCUAUUUUUUUUUAUUUUGCAAAUUUUUCAAAAUGUGCACCUUUAGUUAUGCAGCACACGUCCAACCAAAAUUCCAGUUCUUCCCAAACUUUAGUUAACACGCCUCUUAAAUUCUGUGUUUCAACUCUAGCAAAUCAUCAGGUAGCUGCGAUACGUAGGCACGAUCUUUUACUUAGCCCCAAAGGGGAAGAAAAAAAAAAGCAUGACGUUAUGUCAGGUGAACGUGGAGGCCAGCGGCAAAAGAGCUGUCGACUCGACCAUUACUACCAAUCCAACGGUUAAGAAAAACAUUUAACCACUCUCGUAUAAAGAUAUUUCAAUGGGGAGGGGUUUUAUCCUGUUGCCAAAUAAAGUUUACAUGUUCACCCUCUACUAACUGGCGAAAAAGCCAUUCUUGCGCGCUGCAAAACAGAUAACAACAAAGCAGUAUUCGCGCAUGCGCUUAUCUAAAACGGUUUGAUUUACUCUUUAAUAAUGGCCUGGAACCAACACUUCAAAACACUUACAGUUAAUAUUUCAAAUUUUAUAUUUGGUACAUUAUGUUAUGGACAUAUGGUAUAAAUGUGUUAUUUAUCUACAAAUAUCUAUUUUAUGGAAAUUAUUACAAAUUUACGAUAUUUGUGUUUAAACGUUUUUACUUGCAAAACAUUGCAAUACGUUUUUUCUAUUUAGACCUAAAUAAGUUAUUUUUACGUUAAGUAAAAGUUCAAUAAUGUAAUUAUUUUUCGAGUAUUUACUUACUCUGUUGUAUAAGUAGUGUUUGUUACUUCUUUAAGCUUGAGUGUGAGGUUUUGAAAGUAGCAUAAAUCAUCAUUUAAUUCAAAAA